UCUUGCUCCAUGGGAACCAGUUGUGGGACUUGAAAUUCAUGCACAGAUCAGUUCCAACUCAAAACUUUUCUCUGGUUCCCAAGUCCAGUUUGCAGCACCUCCUAACUCUUUGGUAUCUUUCUUUGAUGCUUCUUUACCAGGAACUUUACCAGUUCUCAACAGGAGGUGUGUAGAAGCAGCAGUGAUGACAGGCCUGGCACUCAACUGCAGCAUAAACAAGAAGUCCUUGUUUGACAGAAAACACUACUUCUAUGCAGAUCUGCCUGCUGGCUAUCAAAUCACUCAGCAAAGAGUUCCUAUUGCGGUGAAUGGAAGUCUGUCAUACAGUCUCUGCGUAGACAACAAAAUGAGCCAGAUGGUGACCAAAACUGUGAGGAUUAAACAAAUUCAGCUGGAGCAAGACAGUGGAAAGAGUCUCCAUGAUGACACAAGGAGCCAGACUCUCGUUGACUUGAAUAGGGCUGGAGUCGGCCUCAUGGAGGUUGUCAUGGAGCCUGAUAUGUGCUGUGGGGAAGAAGCAGCUGCAGCAGUCAGAGAGCUUCAGCUCAUUCUUCAAACACUUGGGAGCAGCCAGGCAGUCAUGGCAGAGGGUCAGCUGAGAGUGGAUGCCAAUGUUUCUGUGCAUCACCCUGGAGAGCCUUACGGAGUGAGGACUGAAGUGAAGAAUAUAAAUAGCAUACGAUUCCUGGCAAAAGCAGUAGACUACGAAAUACAGAGGCAAAUUGAAGAACUUGAAAGUGGAGGAACAAUUCUGAAUGAAACAAGAGCCUUUGAUGCCAAGCUUGGGUGCACUGUACCAAUGAGAGACAAAGAAGGAAAACAGGAUUAUCGGUUUAUGCCGGAGCCAAACCUUCCUCCGUUGAUUCUGUACGAUGCAAAAUCUUUGCCAGCUAAUAUGAACCAUCAGCAAGUGGUAAAUAUUGAUUUGAUUCAUGAGAGGCUUCCUGACCUUCCCAGUGUGAAGAGAGCAAAGCUCGUUGAACGGUAUGGGAUUCUUCCUGAACACAGCUUCACCUUAUUGAAUGAAGAUGGAUUAACAGAGUUCUUUGAAAAUGUGGUAAAACAGACCCAAAUGAAGCCAAAGAAGGUGAUCGGCUGGAUUCUAAAUGACCUGCUCAGUUAUUUGAAACAACAUUCCCUUACAGUAAAGGAAAGCCCAGUCAGUUCUUUUCUCCUGGCUGACCUUCUGAACCUUCUAGAAAAAAAAGAAAUUUCUUCUACAGCAGCAAAACACGUGCUUGCAGAAUUGUGGAAGGGAGAAAGGAAGACUCCCCUUGAAAUUGUUAAAGAAAAGAAACUUGAACUGAUACAGGAUCAAAAAGAGCUUGAACAGAUCUGCCAGGCCGUGAUUGAUGGACAAGAAAAUGAGGUUAUGGCGAUAAAAGCAGGAAAUCUGAAAGUUCUAAAUAAGUUAAUUGGCCUGGUACAAAGAGAAACACGAGGACGAUCCAAUCCUGUUGUGGUAAAGCAGUUAUUAGAGAAGAAGCUGUCACAGUAG